ACAUUUGAAAUAUGGCUCUGUCAUUUCAAGAUCAAAAUUAAAACAUGAACAAAAUUGUCUCAAAAGUAAUAAAUUUCCUCCUGGCCAUUGUGAUAAAUUAUAUGCUUCAACUUUUCACCUAUGCAGUUCUAUGUAACGAUCAAAAAAGUAACUGCUACUUGUUUCCGUAACCUUACAAAAGAUGGAUUACAAAACAAGCAAAAUCGAAAUAGACAAGCUGGUAGAAAUAACGACUAACGAAUUGUAUUUCGCCGUAAUAAAAGGCCUGACCAACCGUAGAAUGAGAAGCACAGUGGACACUUUGUAUUUUUCUGUUGACGAUGAACUGUUUUACCAUAACUACUACAGCGAUUUUGGACCAUUGAGCAUUUCGUGUUUGUAUAAAUAUUGCACCAAAUUGAACAAGUACCUGAUUUUCGCGAACGGAGUCAAACGUGUUGUCCACUAUACUUCGAAUAACGACAAGAAAAAGGCGAAUGCUGCCUAUUUGAUGGGUGCUUAUGCUGUUAUUUAUUUGAAAUUCAAUCCUGAUCUCGUGGCGCAAACUUUGGAUGCUAUCGGGCCAUUUAAUUUGUAGGAACUUUGUAGACGCGUCCCAGUGCCCGAGCGGCUACCGCUUGCGCAUCGUCGACUGCCUGCACGCCAUCUACAAGGCGCUGAGCUUCAACUUCUUCAACUUCGUCGACUUCAACAUGGUCGAGUACGACAUGCGCAACACGCUGCAGUACGGCGAUCUCAAUUGGCUGGUGCCGAGGAAGUUUUUGGCCUUCAUCGGUCCUACCGAGAACGAGUUUUUGAACGGACGUCCGCCGGAAUUCUACGUCAAGUAUUUCUUGCAGAACGACGUCAAGACCGUCAUCAGGCUGAACAACAAGUUUUACGAUUCGAAUGCUUUUAAAACAGUGGGAAUAGAACAUUACGAUCUAAUAUUUCCGGAUGGAAGCACGCCACCAAGAGAAAUUCUGUUCAGAUUCCUGGAAAUAUCCGAAACUGCUCCUGCUGCAAUAGGAGUGCACUGCAAAGCAGGUCUGGGUAGAACAGGUUCUCUGAUAGGCGCCUACCUGUUGAAACAUUAUCACAUGACUGCCAGAGAGGCCAUAGCUUGGAUGAGGAUUUGCAGACCUGGUUCGGUGAUCGGGUAUCAGCAGAAUUGGUUGGAGAAGAUCCAGGGUAUGAUGUGGAGCUUGGGGGCCGAAUACAGGGGAAAGCUUGGAGAACCGGACAAAAUUCCUUUCCACAAGUACGGAAUCUACAGCAGAAAAUGGCCCCUGGAUCGGGAAAAAAUGAUUCGAGCAGCAAGAAAAAAAAUCAAAUCAAAACUAAGUCAUACCAGAUCCGAAAGCGUCUCACGCGCAUCAAUAACUACGUCAAAAUCUACAAGCAUCAGUGAAAAGAAAACGGAUAAGAGCCCUUUAAAACAAAUCAUGAAAGUAAUAGAACAACACAAAAACACAAAUUCGGAAUCUUCCAAACGGCCCAUUAGUACGGGUAAUAAUAUUUUGAAAAAAGUCGUGUUUGACGAUAAAUUGGAAAAAAAACGUUCGAGAACUAGGAAGAAUAAGUCUUCUACACAGGGUGAUAAACUUAACGAUAUUAAGGUAGCAAGACAAUCUUCACCGGAUAAAUUUAAUAAAUUGGGGAGUUUACAUAAAGUUGCCAUAUUAUUUGAAAAAACGCAAAAACGUUAAAAUUUUGUAAAAUUAUUAAGUAUCAAGUGUAACCAA